AUGAUCAGUGGCGUGGCAGGUGGUUGUGCGCAGGUGAUGUACGUGCUUCCACUGAUGUGGCUGCGGACCAUCAUGGAGUACCAGUACAAGAAUGGUGAGGGGAUUGUCAAAGUCGCCACAACUCUCUACCAAGAGGGUGGAAUUGCCAGGUUCUACCGAGGCUUGAUGCCGGCCCUGAUCCUGGCCCCCACAGCAAGGUUUGGAGAUACGGCAGCAAAUGAGCUGGCGCUCUCCAGCCUCUCAUCGGUGCAGAUGCCUCUGGCGCUGAAGACUCUCUGUGCAUCUGUGACGGCUGCGAUGUUUCGAGUAGUCAUCCUGCCUCUCGACGCGUGGAAGGUGAACAAGCAGGUGCACGGCAAGGCCGGUCUGGAGCACCUGCUGCGAAAGGCUCGUGUGAAUCCGCUGUCACUUUGGCAUGGUGGCAUGGGAGUGCUAGUCACCGGUGGCUUUGGACACUACCCGUGGUUUUACACGAACAACCUGCUUCGCGAAAUCCUUCCUCCCUUUGAGAUGAGGUAUGGCAAGCACGUGAGACACGCAUUCAUUGGCUUCACUUCAUCCGUGGUGGCAGAUGCUAUCUGUAACCCUAUCCGAGUCUUGAAAGUGAACCGACAGACAUCGCUGACCCGCAUCAGUUAUUUGGAAGCGGCUCAGAGCAUCAUCCAGAAGGAGGGCUUGAUAGGACUCUGGUCGCGCGGUCUCAAGACUCGCAUCCUUGCGAAUGGCGUGCAAGGCUCGCUCUUCACCGUGGGUUGGAGAUAUUUCUCUGAAGUUCUCAGUGGGGGGCUGACAACGUAG